AUGGCGCCGUGCGCGAGUCCGUGCGGCGACGGCGUGGUCGACGUGCUGGGGGCGGAGGUCACCGUCGCGCUCCUCGCAUGCCUCGACGCUCCUAGCCUUGCGCGCUGCGCCGCUGUCUCGCGCUCAUGGCGCCGCCUCGCCACGGAAGACACUCUCUGGCUGCCGCUCUGUCGCAGCCUCUGGCGCUCCAAGGCCUACGUUCCGCGCCGCUUUACGGCGCUCCUGGAUGAGCCUCCGAAGCGGGGUGCUUCGCGUCACGGCGCAACGGCCACUCGUGUUGCGUCACUCGCGGCAGUCCCUAUGUGCGCUGGUGAUGGAGCGGGAGGGAGAAACCAUCCGUUCUGGGUGAACCUGCCGCCGCUGCUCCGCCGCUUCCACGCGGACGGCAGUGUGGUGUCCGGCACGCGCAACGACCCCAUCUUCGGCUCGCAUGAAAACAUCUGGCGCUUCGUGCCUCACUCCAUUUCUCCAGGACCUGCUGCUCCUACUGCUGCUGCUGCUGCUCCUGCCGCUUCUUCAGAUGACGGUACGCGGAGCAGUGAGGGCGGUGCUGGGGGAAAUGGCGGGCAGGGCAGUGGUGAGGGCGGGAGUAGUGUUCAAGAGAGAGCAGGGGGGGAGGUAAGGCCAGGGCUGAGUGGAAUGGGGGUUACAUUGGCGAUAGGAGCAGGAGGGGUUUACAGUACUUGUGCCACUAGCGCACCCAGGCCACAGUCUGCUGCCAUGCCUGCUGCUGCUGCUGCUGCUGCUGCUGCUGCUGCUGCUGCUGCUGCUGCUGCUGCUGCUGCCCCUGUGGCAGCGAUGCGAGUGCGCAUCAACCACUGGCCGGCGCUGACGGUGGUGCGCAGGGCGGACUGGGGCUGGGACAUGGCCAACGAGUACGUCAUCUACUGCAGUCUCCCGCCCUCGCCCUGA